AUGAGUUCCAAGGGUAAAGGAAAGAACAGCAAGGGGGAAACCAGUUCCAAGAAUGAGAGAAUUGCCAUUAUCUCAACCGACAGGUGUAAGCCAAAAAAGUGUAAACAGGAGUGCAGAAAGAGUUGUCCCGUUGUUAAGACAGGGAAGUUGUGUAUUGAAGUUACCCCUGCUUCCAAAAUUGCAUUCAUAUCAGAGACUUUGUGUAUUGGUUGUGGUAUCUGUGUAAAGAAAUGUCCUUUUGACGCAAUCACCAUUAUCAACUUGCCAACCAACUUGGAUGCUGAAACAACCCACAGAUACUCAGCAAAUUCUUUCAAGUUGCAUAGGUUACCUACACCAAGACCCGGUCAGGUUUUGGGAUUGGUUGGUACUAACGGUAUUGGUAAAUCUACUGCAUUGAAGAUUUUGGCUGGUAAACAAAAGCCUAACUUGGGUAGGUACGAUGACCCACCUGAUUGGGAAGAGAUUUUGAGAAACUUUAGAGGUUCCGAGUUGCAAAACUACUUCACGAAAAUAUUGGAAGAUGAUAUCAAGGCCAUUAUCAAGCCACAGUAUGUUGACAACAUUCCUCGUGCGUUGGCCAAAUCGAAAGUGAAAUCGGUGGGUGCUAUUUUGGAAUCAAAGAAUGAGAGACCUGCCGACUUUGACUAUGUAUUGAAAGUAUUGGAGUUGAAGCAUGUCUUGGAAAGAGAUGUUGAGAAUUUGUCUGGUGGUGAGCUACAAAGAUUCGCUCUAGGUAUCACUUGUGUUCAAGAUGCCAAUGUCUAUAUGUUUGAUGAGCCAUCCUCCUAUUUGGAUGUCAAACAAAGAUUGAGAGCUGCCGAAAUUAUCAGAUCACUUUUAAGUGCCACAACUUACAUCAUCUGUGUGGAGCACGAUUUGUCAGUGUUGGAUUACUUGUCAGAUUUCAUUUGUAUUCUUUACGGAGCCCCAUCUGUUUAUGGUGUUGUGACCUUGCCGUCAUCUGUAAGAGAAGGUAUUAAUAUUUUCUUGGACGGUCAUAUACCUACUGAAAACAUGAGAUUCAGGACUGAGUCAUUACAAUUCAGAUUGGCUGAUGCUGCUGACGACUUAAUCUUGGACAAAUCCAACUCAUUGGAAUACCCAUCUAUGAGCAAGACCCAGGGUGACUUCAAAUUGGAAGUGGAGGCGGGUGAUUUUACAAAUUCUGAAAUUUUGGUCAUGAUGGGAGAAAACGGUACAGGUAAGACCACGUUCUGUAAAUUGUUGGCAGGUGCUAUAGCUCCAGAUGGAGGAAAAGAGAUUCCUAAAUUAAACGUUUCAAUGAAACCACAAAAGAUUGCACCAAAAUUCACAGGAACUGUGAGACAGUUGUUCUUUAAAAAGAUAAGGGCGUCCUUUUUGCAUCCCCAAUUCCAAACUGAUGUUGUAAAACCAUUGAAGAUUGAGGAUAUCAUUGACCAAGAAGUGCAAACUUUGUCAGGUGGUGAGUUGCAAAGAGUUGCUAUAGUUUUGGCAUUAGGUAUACCCGCAGACCUUUAUUUGAUCGAUGAGCCAUCUGCUUAUUUGGAUUCCGAGCAGCGUAUUAUUUGCUCCAAAGUCAUUAGAAGAUUUAUUUUGCAUGCUAAAAAGACUGCUUUCAUCGUUGAGCACGAUUUCAUCAUGGCCACAUACUUGGCUGAUAGAGUUAUUGUUUUCGAAGGUCAGCCAUCCAGGCACGCGUUUGCAAGAGCUCCAGAAUCGUUGUUGACUGGUUGUAAUAGGUUUUUGAAGAAUUUGAAUGUCACAUUUAGAAGAGAUCCAAACUCGUACAGGCCAAGAAUCAACAAGUUGGAUUCACAAAUGGAUAAGGAACAGAAACAAUCGGGCAAUUACUUCUUUUUGGAGAAUACUGAGUUGUAA